UCAGAGUCGCCACAGUUCUUGCGCCGGAUAGAUAUACUGGAGGAGCCCAGUGAAGAGCAGAUCCAAAACCUCCUUGAGAUAGAGACAUCCGACCAUGCUGAGGCGCCACAGCCCCAGAACGAACAGUACGGCCUCUUUCACAUCAACAGUUCCGCAUCACAACCCCCCGAGUCUCCACAAGAUGCCUGCAAACUCGACAUUGUCGCCGUUCAUGGCCUAGGGGGCGAUGCCUACCGCACCUGGCAGCAUGAGAAUGGCUUUAACUGGCUUCAGCAUCUUGAGGAAGAGUUUCCUGGCAUACGAGUUUACUCGUACGGUUACGACUCUGGAGUUGCCUUUUCGGGUGGGACGGCGAGUUUGACAGACUAUGCCCGGCAUCUCCUCAGUCUUGUAAAGAUGACAAGGUCGAGUGAAAAGGAGGAGGACCGCAAAAUCGUAUUCGUCUGCCACAGUCUGGGAGGGCUUCUUGUCAAGCAGGCGUUUCUCCUCGCAAGCAACGAGAGAGGAUUAUUUGGAUCCCUUCGACAGUCAACCUGUGCGAUACUCUUCUUCGCGACGCCUCAAACGGGGACACGUUCAGACUACUACGACGACGUGCUUUGCAACAUUGUAGAUGCCAUGGCCUUUGCAAAUACCAACGACAGGCUACUGGAAGGCUUAAGGAAAGCUAUUCUCGAGUCGAUACGAUCAAAUGGAACUCGGCUAUGCCAGUUGGCUAAAAAGUUUCAUUCAGAAGCGUACCAUCUACAACACGUCAGUUCAUUUAUCGAAACCUCGCCUAUGCCUGGUCAGAAAGACAUCUUGGUUGGCAAGGUCAGUGGCCAAAGUGGGCUUUCAAAAGAAAGAGUGAUACCGAUGCUACAGCACGACCAUCGCCAAAUCUGCAAAUUUCCAUCUUUGGAGAGUAAAGGCAUGAAAUUAAUCCUCAGUCAGCUCAGAGACAUAGCAGACUCUCUGGAAUUUGAUCUCGCAGAGGCCAUGAUCGCGCUGGAGGUGGUGUGUCCGCAAGAUGAACUGGCUCUCCGCCAUUCAACAGACAGGCUCAGAAACGAUGCCUUGCUCCAGGCAGCAUCUACCGGGAACCUUGUCGUUGCGCAACGUUUGAUCAAGAAUGGGGCAGACGUCAACGCCACGGAUCAUAACGGUCAGACUGCUCUUCAUCUGACUGUCAUAGGAGGCGCCCAGAAAUUGACUCUGAGCAUCCUGGACAAGGGAGGUGAUCCUAAUGCGCAGGACCACGACGGGCGCACUCCACUACAUCGAGCCGCCGAGAUCGGCGACGAAGACACUGUGAAGCUUCUUCUGGAUAGAAAAUCGGACUGCACAAUCCGCAACAGAUGGAAUGAAGCUCCGGUCAGAGUGGCAAGGAGGGCGCACCAUCUGGGCAUAAUGAAGAUGCUACAGGAGGUACAGAACAUGCAACAGGACUUGCAGGAACAAAUCAAUGUCGUUAUGGAAAACAAUUUGCCCAGAAACCGCCAAGUCAUUAGAUCGUAUGCGGAAUCCCAUUACGAGCAUGCCCAUGUCGUCAUAAAUAUGGACAUGGAUACUGCUGUCCAGAGAAAUGCAUCGCAAUUUUCACAAACAGCCAGAAAAGGAAACCUGGAUCUCGUGGAGGACCUGCUCGAUAUUGGUGUCGAGCCUACCCCUGACGCCCUCUACCUCGCGGCAAAAGAAGGCCACUCGGACGUGGUCGAGGUCCUAGCAGACGUCAUGGAAGACAUAGAUGCCGAUGUAGGGUGGGCGGGAAACGCCCUUUGCACCGCCGCGUGCAAUUUGCAAGGCCUCAACACUAUCCGAGUCCUCCUCGAGAAAGGUGCAGAUGUCAACUGGCAGGGAGGCGCAUACGGCUGCGCGCUGCAAGCAGCCGCCGCCAACUACAGACUCGAAAAUGUCAAGCUACUGCUGAAGCAUGGCGCAGACGUCAAUGCCCAGUGCGGUCAUUACGGAAACUCCCUGACUGCUGUGGCAAGGCAUCAUACCCAUUUCACCGAGAUGGCAACGCUGCUCUUGGAACGCGGUGCUGAUAUCGAUGCCCAAGGGCCUGGGGUGUAUGGGAAUCCAUUACAGACGGCCGUUUGGAUGGCGCACGUUCAGAACGUCAGGUUCCUGAUGCGCAACGGCGCGAGUGCGACGGUGCAGGGCCGGUUUGGCUCUGCGUUGGAAAUUGCCCAGCGUCGGGCAUUCCGGUUUACCCCUAAUCCGAAGGAUGAGGAGGAUAUUCUGGCUAUGCUGAUGGAGGAUGAAUUUGUUGGGUAUAUCAGCUAUAAUUAG